ACGAAGCCAUCCUCAUUCCUCACGAAGAAAAAAAACCAGUCAUCUUCCACCUAAAACAAUGAUGCUACCAAUUCUGCACCUCACCCUUUUGCCAUUAAUAAUCUAUCAAACAACCUUCUUUGUCUCUGCAAUCGAUCCCACAGUAGGGUUCACCUGUGUUCCAUUAGAUAGCUCACACUAUGUUCUUCAAAAGCCUUAUGAUGUUUCAUUAAACGAGCGUUACAGCUUUACAAAUGGUGUGCACAAAUUUUGGAUAUACUCCACAGAUAAACCUUUCAUGAUGGGCAGCGAUACACAACCACGAACGGAGAUUCGUGUAACUGGAUACGAUUAUACAUCUGGUAUAAGGCAAUUUGAAGGAUAUGGUUAUGUUCCGAGUGGCUCAACCGGGGUGUGUAUUCAGCAAGUGUUCGGAGCAAGUUCUGCUGCGACAACCGCACAACUUAGGGUCUAUAGUGGUUCAUUAACUUAUUAUAGGUCUCCGGUUCUGUCGGCAAAUAUCUAUGAUAGGUGGUUUAGAGUGAACGUGAUUCAUGAUGCAAAUGCUAACAAUGUUAAGGUUUAUAUUGAUGGGGAACUCAAGUUUAAUGGAGGUGAUAAUGGAGAUGGCACUCACUACUUCAAGUUUGGGGUUUAUGUACAGAAUGAUCCUUCCGGUUACAUGGAAUCUCGUUGGAAGGAUAUUAAAAUUUGUAGAAAAUAAAGUGUGUACUUUCUGCAUAGUACUAAAUAAAAUUAAAUAAGACAAGAAAAUGCAAGCUAAGGACUUGUUUAUGUAGUUUAUGACACUUAAAUAAAUAAUAUAGAGAAGGAAAUACUCUUGUAUUGUUCUGUUUCAUAGCAUUAAUUAAAAAAGAUUAUGUUUAA